AUGAAACCUGAUAAUAUCAACGACAUAAUCCUGAGCCACCUGCACUUUGAUCACACUGGGGACGUUUCCCAGUAUGCAGAGGCACAGGUGUUGCUUAGACCUGGAAGCACGUCUGUCGCACCCCCUGAAUACCCAACGGUGGAUGAAUCCCCUUUCGACGGCCUGAUCUUCGCCCAUGCUCGAGUCAGAGAGUUCGAGAGAUCUCAAUAUCAGCCUCUGCCAUCAGGUGCCGUACUAAACGACUUCCCAUUCUACAAGAGGAUUGACUUCUUUGGAGACGGCACGCUAUACGUCCUCGACGCGCUGGGCCAUAUGCAGGGUCGCUUGAACAUAUGA